AUAAUUUCGCGUCAAACCUGGAGGGGCUGUUAAGUAAUUAUACCGUAUUUGCACCGCCGAAGCAGCUCAAGUUUCAAGUCUUCUCUCACAGUCACAGUUGAGCUGCUAAAAAACAGGACAUGAAAUGUCCGUACUGCUCAGCGGCGCAAGCAAGGUGCGCCACUACAACGGCAGGCCAUUCCAUAACGGAGUGCACAUCAUGCGGUCGAGUGGUGGAGGAGCAUCAAUUCCAACCUUACCACACUUUCCACGUUAGGGCCCAAGACAACCCUCUCUGCCUCGUCACCUCCGAUCUCCCAACCCUCCACCACCGCCACCACCAGCCUCCUCCUCCGCCUCGUCAAGGAAGAGAAGAAGAAGAUGAAGACCCAUUCGAGCCCACCGGCUUCAUCACCGCAUUUUCCACCUGGUCUUUAGAGCCUACCCCGCUCUCCCUCCGGUCUUCGCUUUCAUUUUCCGGUCACCUUGCUGAGCUAGAACGGAUACUUGAAUUAACAACCUCGUCAUCGGCAGCAGCUGCUUCAAAUUCGAACUCGAAUUCGAAUUCAUCGACUGUGGUUGUUGAUAAUUUGAGGGCUUAUAUGCAGAUUAUUGACGUGGCUUCUAUUUUGGGGUUGGAUUGUGAUAUUUCUGACCAUGCGUUUCAGUUGUUUAGGGAUUGUUGCUCUGCUACUUGUUUGAGGAACCGUAGCGUUGAAGCUCUGGCUACUGCUGCUCUUGUUCAGGCCAUUAGAGAAGCACAGGAACCCAGAACCCUUCAGGAAAUCUCGAUUGCGGCUAAUGUUCCUCAAAAGGAGAUUGGAAAGUACAUCAAGAUUCUUGGAGAAGCUCUGCAACUGAGUCAGCCUAUUAAUAGCAAUUCAAUUUCAGUGCAUAUGCCUAGAUUCUGCACCCUUCUCCAAUUGAACAAAUCAGCUCAGGAAUUGGCAACUCAUAUAGGAGAAGUAGUUAUCAACAAAUGCUUCUGCACUCGAAGGAAUCCCAUUAGCAUCUCUGCAGCUGCUAUAUACCUUGCAUGCCAAUUAGAAGACAAGAGAAAGACGCAGGCAGAAAUUUGUAAGGUUACGGGUCUCACUGAGGUCACGCUCAGAAAAGUCUACAAGGAACUGUUGGAGAACUGGGAUGAUCUGCUCCCCUCCAAUUACACUCCUGCUGUCCCUCCGGAAAAAGCAUUUCCUACUACAGUUAUUACCUCUGGCCGUUCUUCCACCCCUAGAGUUGAUCCAGUUGAAUUAACAUCUUCCUCUACAGACAAAGAUAAACAAGACGAAAACAAAUCAAAUAAAACGAACAAUGUAUCAGCCAAGGAAAAAGAAGAUGUUGAAAACAAUGGUAAUCCUUGUGGGAGCCGUCCCCCGGUACUGCAGACUUUUAGGCAGCCAUGGCUAUUUGGAGAAAAGAAUGUGCAAUCUAGCUGUCAAGAUUUUGAAGAGAAGAUAGAUAAGCAAAAGAUGGAUAAUGACUCUACAGGUGCAGCAAGACCAAACCAAUUUUCAAAUCCCCCAGCUUCAGGUACGAGUACAAUCACCUGGCCUUUUAGAUCAUCACCUUCGUCAGGUCCUUCUCCAAUUGUGCAGCCACCACCUAAGUUAGCACCAGGUUAUGCUGAGCUUAAAGGAAUUAGCUGUCAAAAUAGUGGUAAAAAUGGUAAUCUAGGUGGAAAUAACAAGUAGCUGGUGUAAGCUGAUGCUUGGCUAUUGUAUAUUGUGGUAAAUUACCCACGAUGUAGUAGUGAUUUUCUGCAGUCACAUUUUUGCUAAAAUUUAACUUGUGUCUCGAGCUGCAAGCCUGCAUCUUUUUUUUCCCUUUUCAAUUGUUAGUCAGAAUUAUUGAUAUAACACCAAAGAUUGAGUUAGGUAAAGUUUGUCAGUGUAUGUUGUGAAAGAGUAAGAAAUCAUGACAGCAAGAUAUGAAGGCUAUUUUGAGAGUU